GCAAGAACAGAACUCAAAUCAAAUUGCACAACUGAAUUUUGAAGUAGACAGAAAACCAGAACCGCCGCCGCCGCCCGCCCGCCCGUCCCGCGCCUUUGCUCCGACUGUCGGAGCUUCCGUCUCCGUCAAGAAGGCAGCAAUCUCGUCUCUCAGCUCCGGCCUUCACAGAGGGCUGAAGUGAAGGGGAAAUGGCAACCAAACUCAAGAAGCCUAGCAAAAUUCUUAACCCCAACUGGACUCAGCUUCAGGAGAGGCUGAAAAUCAAUGGCUCCGAGAAUAAUUUUUCCAAGCACUCAAAUAAGUCGAACACAGAAACGUCGAAAAGCAUAUUAGGGAAGCGGAAGGAGAGGUCGAAUGAGGAGCCACAAGCUCCAAAACCAAAUCCGUUGAUUCCUGUUUCAUCUGACUGCAGUCUCACAGAUACGGUUGCUAUGGAUUGUGAAAUGGUUGGUGUUAGCUCACUGGGAAACAAGAGUGCUCUUGGACGAGUUACGCUGGUAAACAAAUGGGGAAAUGUUGUGUAUGACGAGUAUGUACGCCCACUGGAAUAUGUUGUUGAUUUCCGUACUGAAAUAAGUGGGAUUCGGCCGCGUGACUUGAAAAAGGCUAAAGAUUUCAAUGUUGUUCAAAAGAAAGUAGCAGAGAUGGUCGAGGGCAAGAUCCUUGUAGGUCAUGCGCUGCACAAUGAUCUUAAGGCAUUGCUGUUGACACAUCCAAAGAAGGAUAUACGAGAUACAGCCCAAUAUGCUCCAUUUCUGAAGGAAGGACGGAGUCGCUCCUUGAAGCACCUUGCGGCUGAAUUUCUCAGUGUUGAUAUUCAAAACGGCGAGCACUGUCCGGUCGAAGAUGCCCGGGCAGCGAUGAUACUUUACCAGAGAAACAGGAAACAAUGGGAGAAGAGCGCCAAGGAUUUCAAGAGACUCAAGGAAAAACAGAAGAAACGGAAGCCCAAAAAGAAGAAAUUUACAGAAGGGUAAAAGCUCAAACUCAUUCAUUAAUCAGAAAGUUAGAAAUUAUUAUCUCAUUAUACCAAAUAAUCUUCCUGGACGAUGGAAAUGUCUUUGGUGGUGUUGUAUCUUUUAUUUUACUUAUUUAUUCUUAUUCACAUCCAAGAUUAUUCUAAUCAACAUACAUAUUUAUGUUAUUUAAUUUAAAGUUAUUUAAUUUUAUGUGGAAUAGUACA